AUGCGGGCCCCACCGUCCUCCUCGUCCUCCCUUAAACUCCUGGAGCUCAACAUCAUGUCUGCCCACGACCUUCCCCCUGUCUCCAAGAUGCUCCGCACGUUCGCUGUCGCUUACAUCAGCCCCGACCACAAGCUGACCACGCGGAUCGACCACACGGGCCACACGAGCCCCACUUGGAAUUACAAGGUGGCUUUCCACGUGGACGACCUGUUGUUGAAGAGCGAGUCCUCGGCCGUGACGAUUGAGAUCUACAAUCUGGCCUGGCUUAGAGACCUCCCGAUUGGGACCUGCCACCUCAUGAUCAACAGCCUGUCCAAGAACCCGGGUUUUAGGCGGGUCGAUCUCCGAGUUUGCCGCCCGUCAGGUCAUUUGCAAGGGACUCUGCACGUCGGGGUCCAGCUUGUGGCCCCACCACGUGAGGAGUUUGGAGUUACAGUAAAAGGUCAAGAGCAGGAAGAAGAAGAAGAAGAAGAUGAAGAACAACAACAACAAUAUUUACAUUUACAGGAGCAAGACAACAUGAAUCCUAGGCUGGCAGAAGACACGUCCAUCAGCAGGACGACAUCAGGGCCCGGAUCCGAGCCCGAAAUGAGAACGCUCGCCGCCACCUCAGCAGGGGGUUCUUUCUACUCCGUCAUGCGGCCUCUGCCGUCUGAGGUGGCAGCAGAUUUGAAAAGGGGGCUCUAUUCGGCGGAAUGGAACGACUACGGGAGUUCGGUUUUCGAGGGAUGGACAGAAAAAGGCGACAAAAGCAACGAGGAACUGAAAGUGGGGCCCACUGAGGACCGGUGGCCCGUGGUGGAGGACCCCAUCGUCUGCCUUGCGGCGCCACCAGAUAAUAAGAGGUUCGUGGGCGGCCGGCAGUAUCGGAAGAGAGUACGUACCGAAAACAAGAAAAGAGGGCUUUUCUCGUGUUUUGGGAAUGCCUACGGGUUUCAGUUCAGCAUCUUUUGUGGGUCGAAGCCGUUGAAGAAGAAGAAGAUGAAAAAGGGGAAGAGGAACGUGAACAAACAGAACAUACAUUUGGUCACUCUUUCCGAGGAUAAUCAGCACAGGUAUUAUGUCUGACGUUUUAUUUUAUUUUUUUCUUUUGUGACGUCAAAUGUGUGUCUUAGUUAUGGAGAGAUUUGAAAAUCUCUGUCAAAUUUGAUUCGAUUAUGUUUUUAAGGCU